UUGCAGAGGACGCCGGUUUCCCACAAAGUCAUUGAGAAGCGGAGGAGGGACCGCAUCAACCGCUGCCUCACCGAGCUGGGGAAGACGGUGCCCAUGGCUCUGGCCAAGCAGAGCUCGGGGAAGCUGGAGAAAGCGGAGAUCCUGGAGAUGACGGUGCAAUACCUGCGGGCCCUGCACUCGGCGGACUUUCCCCGCGGCCGGGAGAAGGCAGAGUUGCUCUCCGAGUUCGCCAAUUACUUCCACUAUGGCUACCACGAGUGCAUGAAGAACCUGGUCCACUACCUGACAACGGUGGAGAGGAUGGAGACCAAAGACACCAAGUACGCCCGUAUCCUGGCCUUUCUCCAGUCCAAAGCACGCUUCGUUACUGAGCCUCUCUUCACCUCCCUGGGCUCCCUCCCGGAGCCGGACUUUUCCUACCAGCUGCAUCCUGGGCCCGAGUGCCCCGGGCAUGUCCACAGUCCCGCCGAAGGCGUGCUCCAGCCGCCCUCGGGGGGGCCGUUCCCCUGGCACGGCGCCGCCCGCAGCCCCUCCCUGCCCUACCACUUACCCAGCGCCACCGUUCCCCUCGCCAGCCCCGGCCAGCAGCGCAGCACCUUCCUCUCAUCCGUGCAGGGGCUGGACCGCCACUACCUCAACCUUCUCGGCCAUUCCCACCCCAACGCCUUCGGGCUGCCCCCGGGCCAGCACCCCUCCAUGCUAUAGAGACUCGUCCCGCCCGAAAGAACACCUAUUUAUGACGGCGGACACUGCGGGUUACACCCGGGCGCAGGGGGAGGCUGCCGGGGGCAGGGAGAUGCGCGGCGGUCCCGGAGGGCAAGGAGCCCGCGGGGGCCCAGAUCUGUCCCCGCCUGCCCUCUCCAAGGGCCUGAAGCUGCCCCCACCCUCUCGUCUUCCCACCUCCGGGUGCAGUGCCUGUACAAGUGAUGCCUUGGAAUAAAUGUUUA